AGCCAAACCUGUCACAACAGAGGAAGGUGCUCAUCACCAAACACCUGCACCUGUGCCGCUGGCUGGACAGGAACUACAUGCCAGACACCUGCGUGCAACAGCCCAUGUUUGAACGGUGGGAGAUGUACUUCACCAUUUACAUGCACUUGUGCAGCAGGGUAUGCUGGGCCUACGUGCAACACUGUGUGUCCGGCAAGAACGUACGGUGUUGGCUGCAAACAUUGUCCCUGUCUCAACGGUGGUUCCUGCAAUACAUUCUCCCUCUCACCGACAUGCACAUGUACUCCAGGAUGGAGGGGAAGUACAUGCAACCAGCGCUGUGACGCAGCACACUACGGACAGAACUGCGCCUCGAUUUGCCAGUGUCGUAACAGUGCCACCUGUAAUCAUAUCAACGGACACUGCACGUGUCAGCCAGGAUGGAUGGGAGCAAGAUGUGGCACACCGUGUGCAAGUGGGCGUUACGGUCAAAACUGUGCAUCGCCUUGCGCCUGCCAGAAUGGUGCAGCUUGUAGUCCGGUGAAUGGAAGAUGCAGCUGUACGCCGGGAUAUAUAGGAUCACGGUGUGAUCAGAGAUGUUUGCCCGGUAUGUACGGCGCAGGCUGUGUCUCCCAGUGCCUCUGUCAGAACAACGCUACGUGUGAUUUUGUCAACGGUGACUGUACAUGUAGACCUGGGUACUUUAGACCACAUUGUGACUCACUGUGUGCCAGUGGACAUUACGGUCAAAACUGCGCUUUGUCUUGCGCCUGUCAGAACGGUGCAGCCUGCAGUCCAGUGGAUGGGAACUGCACCUGUACCACAGGAUACCUAGGAUCACUGUGUGAUAAGAGAUGUUUGCCCGGUAUGUACGGCGCAGGCUGUGCAUCCCAGUGCCUCUGUCAGAACAAUGCUACAUGUGAUUUUGUCAAUGGUAGCUGCACGUGUGCACCUGGUUAUAUUGGAACACUCUGUGAAAACUCAUGUCCCUCCGAUCAGUAUGGUAGCCAAUGCUCCCAGGCAUGUCAGUGCUCUGCAAACUCCACAUGCAGUCCUAUCGACGGUUCGUGCAACUGCAGCGUUGGUUGGAAGGGUUCGUUGUGCACUCAGCCAUGUGCACGCCAUCUAAACGGACAGUUUGACUGCUUGACAACCUGCCCGCACAUUUGCUUGAACGGCGGAACUUGCCAUGAGUCCAUUGGUGAAUGCAUUUGUCCACCGGGAUUCAAUGGAACAGCAUGUCAAGACACCUGUAUACCUGGAACCUACGGUACAGGCUGUAUGGAGGUCUGCCAGUGUAUGAACAAAGCUAAUUGCUCCGCUAUCGACGGCUCGUGUUCCUGCCAGCCUGGUUGGCAUGGCGAUAUUUGCAACAUGACGUGUCCGACGGGUUCCUAUGGUGACGGCUGUUCCCAGGCAUGCCUGUGCAAGAAUGAUGCUGUGUGUGAUCAUGUGACAGGAGCAUGUACAUGCGUGGGAAGGUCACUGGGUGCUCAAUGCGAACACUUGACUGCGGACUCUGACUCUGAGGUAUCGCUAGUUCCAAUCCUGGCUUCAGCAUUCAGUGCAAUCAUCAUUUUCAUUCUGGCAGUGGUUACAGUUUGGUUCUGGCGACGGAAGAAGGCUUCACGUGCAAGUACCAAUCGAGACGUUCGGAUUGUUUAUAACAAUACUACGGUCGUGCAGCAAGGAACACUAAGUCGCUCGUACGAAAAUGCAGGGUUGGAGAUGAAAGAGAACCGGUACUCGGUAGACCCCAGCGCCCCUGCCCUGCCAGAAGAAGAAGCCGAGUAUUCAAAUACAUGUACCGAUGUCGAUGGUGUAGGAAAUGGCCAGGGCAAUGCUGCAAGAGUGCAGGUCAGGACACGUAGUAGGAAUCACGCACGCGACAUGGAACAGGGCAGAUACUCACUGGAGCCCAAUACCGCAGCCCAGCCGGAAGAAGCUGAAUAUUCUAAUAUUGUUGUCAAUGACACUGGAAAUGGCUAUGACAAUGUUGCAAAGGUCCAGGAAAGGACACACAGCCCUGCCCUGCCAGGAGAAGCUGAAUAUUCGAAUGUUGUUCUCAAUGAAGCUGCAAAUGGCUAUGACAAUGUUGUCAGAGUGAAGGAAGGAUUACUCGACCCCGCUCAGCGAGACGAAGCUGUAAAUCCAAAUGCCGAUGCCAAUGAUGGUGGACAUGUCUACGGCAAUGUAGAUAUAGUGAAGGAAGGAGCAUUGAGCCCUGCCCAGCCAGAAGAAGCCGUGAAUCCGAAUGCCGAUGUCAAUGAUGAUGGAAAUGUCUAUGGCAAUGCUGAGAUGGUGCGGGAAGAAAAACUCAGCCCUGCGCUACCAGAAGAAGCUGGAAAUCCAAAUGCCGAUGCCAAUGGUGCUGGAAAUGUCUACGGCAAUGUUAAGAUAGGGAAGGAAGAAACACAAAUCCCUGCGCUGCCAGAAGACGCUGAAUAUCCAAAUGCCGAUGACAAUGAUGCUGGAAAUGUCUACGGCAAUGUUGAGAUAGUGAAGGAAGAAACACAAAGCCCUGCGCUGCCAGAAGACGCUGAAUAUCCAAAUGCCGAUGACAAUGAUGGCGGAAAUGUUUGCGGCAAUGUUGCAGUAGUGCAGGGAGAAGCACUGAGCUGUGUUCAGCCGAAAGCAGCAGUAUAUCUAAAUGUCAACGUGCCAGAACGGGCAGAGGCGGAAAUCUAUGAAAGUACGUACGUAAACACGUCCAUCACCGCUGCAUCGGAUGCGUGUUAGAUCACGGAGCAUGUCCUGUACGACCAUGGUACUAUACAAUAAACACACAGUAUUUAAAAAUUGGCUUCUGAGCAACACUGGCUCACACUCAAUCACUGCUUUUCACAAAUUCAUUUCCAAAAAAAUCAAUUCAAAGUUUCGGUCAUAAAAUAACCAUCGUCAGAAAUGAAGUAGGCACACUGGUUAGGAUGGGUCCAAUUCAUAAAUGAGGACAGUAUUUUGUUUUCUACAUGUACAUGAUAGGUCUGCAUUCGCCACUAAGGUGAACAGGCAUAGUGGUGGCCUGAGGAUGCGAAGGCUAGUUUGUGUGCUUCUGGACAUUCAAGCGAUGCCGACGCGGAUCCCGCGAAUAUUACUACAUGACUUGUGAAACUACAGGUCAACAUUGUGGUGUGCAGAUUAAAGCUAUCCAAGAGCACAUUUCCCAUUCGCUAUUAUUGUCAGAAUUGUUCCCAGAGGAACAUGUUUGCACAAAGCUUCGAUUUUAGUCACAAAUAACGAGUCCAAAUUUUAUAGUCUUUUUCGUAAUUUUGUAGUAAUUUUGUACAGGUGUAAUCUUUCUUGUAUUUCUCUUGCGAAAUUCAAGUAAGUAACGGUAAUCUUUUCAGCACCCAUUGCACAUCGUCAUCAUGUACCUAUUGAGCUGCAUCGCUGUGUUGCACCACAUCAGAAUUUAUUUGGACAUUUCGUACCACAUUGUAUGGCAAUCACCAUAACAUGGACAA